AUGGCCUCAGUCCCCGGUAUCCUUCUCGACUCCUUCAUAGACGCAGCCGACACGCGCCUCCCUGAUACCCUCCCAACCUGUGAGGAACUUCACACCCUCAAACCACUGGGCAACCUCUCUCGGAAGAAGGUCCGCGCCAUCUUCGGGGCGCUCGAGUACGCGUGGCGCGAGGUCAUGGGCGAAUACUCGCCGUCCCCUGUGCUUAUCGAGUUGUUGUUCAAGCGGCCGAGGAGCGCGGAUGAGGCACUGGGAGUCUACCUCCAGACGCUGUUGGAGGAGGAGGAGAGGCGCGCUGAGGCUGGAGACGAGGAAGAGGAGGAGGAAGAAGAGGCUGAGAAGAGAGAGGAGGAGGACAAGGAUGAAAGGGGGUGGCGGCAGGAGGAAGGGGAGAACUGCCGGGAGAUGGAGCACUUCGGCAAAUACCAAGAGGAGAAGGGGGGAUGUGACGAGCUUGACGUCUACGAGCCGGAGGACGAGGAGGAGGCGACGGCUGAGGAGGAGUGGACGACUGAGGAGGGGUGGACGGGGGAGUGGCACGCGACAGAGGUUGAAGAGACAGAGGCGACAGAGGUAGAGGACUCGGUGGACGGUACGGAACAGUUUCAUCCUGAAAAUGACCAGUCAGCCCUCGAACAGCCCAAGAUGAACGCUCCUGCAGUCAUAAUACAGCCCCUGGAGACGCCCAAGACCUCAUCCAACCUCUCCAUCCUCUACCCUGACCCCACCCAACCGAACCAUGCCGACCAAGCCCUCCUCAACGACUGGACAAUCACCAUAACUGACGUCGACGCGCUACGUACGCACCCCGUCAUCGCGGACCUCACUGCUCAGCUCGACGCACUCCCAACACCCAUCGACCUUGCGGGUAGUCUCCGGAUCCGGCACCGGCACCGGCCCCGGCUCGAGGCCGAGCCGUGGCUCAAGGUCAACACACAGUACAACGCGACCACGGAGGGGGAGGGGGGACCCAAGAAGGACGGUUGGAAGAGGUUGGGAAGGAUGCUGAAGGGGCUGCCUGCGUGCGUGUAG